CUGUCAUUGAUCACAGGAUGAGGUGACAGUCGGAACCACACAGCAGGAUGCUUUACCUGAAGGAUGGAUGGCCAUCUAAACCUCGACUCGGUGCCAUCUGCUCUUUGGUUUUCCAUCAGACGGCUGUCUUCCUUUUCCUAACACAAUGUUGCGGAGGUCAGUCUCAGAUGCUCGGUCCAUCGCAGCCAAUCGUGGCAGCAGUUGGUGAUGACAUCAUGUUACCAUGCCGCCUGGAACCUGCUGUGGAUGUCACCGACCAAACUGUAGAGUGGACCAGACCUGACCUGAGUCCUAGAUUUGUCCAUGUGUGGCGUGAUGGUGUGGAACUCGAGGCUAAAAAACAUCCGUCCUAUGUAGGAAGGGGGUCAUUGUCCAUCAACAAACUGAAACAUGGAGACAUUUCAUUGAGACUCUACAAAGUAAAACUCUCUGAUGAGGGGACAUACAGAUGUUUCAUUCCCACUCUGAAUAGCGAAUCUUCUGUCAAGCUUGUUGUUGGUGCAGUCUCCUCACUCAUCAUCAGCUUCUUGAGGACUAAGACAGAUGAAGAUACCAAUGGAGUGGUUUUACAGUGUGAGUCUAACAGCUGGUAUCCAGAGCCUGAGGUGGUCUGGCUGGACAGUGAGGGAAACCUCCUCUCUGCUGGACCUACAGAGACAGUCAGAGGUCCUGAUGACCUCUAUACUGUCAGCAGCAGAGUGACUGUGGAGAAGAGACACAGCAACAACUUCACCUGUAGAGUCCAACAGAAGGACAUCAACCAGACCAGAGAGACACGCAUCUAUGUUCCAGUUGUUGGUGUUCUGUGUUUUAUCAUUACAGAUGAUUUCUUCAGUGCUCCCUGUAGCUCUGCUGCUCACAUCACCAUCAGCCUGGUUGUGGUUUUCGGGGUUAUUCUUGCAGUUGUCUUUAUUAUGUGGAAAUGGAGACAGAAUAGCAACAACUUGACAUCAAGACAUGACAACAGAGAACUUCACUCGCUCAUUGAGGAGGAAAAAGAUAAACCGCAGGUGGUGGCAGAAAGCAUAGAAAUCAAGGAUUUGGAUCAGAAGAAAGAAAACCUUCAUAUACAGUUAAAGGAAGUAGAAGAAAAAUGCAAAGAUGUGAUAGGGGUGCUUAAUUUCUUAACGGAUCAGAAGAGCGCUGUGGAGAACCAGAUGCAUCAAGUGAUAUUGCAGCUGGCGGAGAGACAGAAUGAGAACCAGAGUCAGCCAGAAAGAAAUAAUAUAAUAUCAUCAAAAGAGAAACAGUGUCUUGAUACAAAACCAUCUCUUGAUACAGUGAAGAAAGAGUUUGAGAAAAAACUAUAUGAAAUGGACACAGUUUUACAGGCUGUGCAUUUUGGGGUUCAAAUAGUGACAGAGAAGAAGAAUGAGUUAGAUAAUCAGAAGGAGAAAAUAAAUAAACAACUGGAGGAGAUAGAGGAGCAGAGAGAUGAAAUUCAAGAGAAACACAAAUCUGAUCACUCAGACAUAAAUACAAAAGGAGAUCAAUUCAUGUCAUCAUAGAUUUUAAAUUUUACCAUUAUAUUUAUUCAACAUUAAAGAGGCUGUCACAGCAUGGGUGGUCAUUUGUUUAAAUGCCUAAAACAAACUAUGCUAAAAUGUACCUGACAGGGACCUCUAGUGGACACGUGAGUUAUUACUGUUGUCGGUCAGGAGCAACUGUGAUAAGAUAAGAGGUUUUUAUUUGUCACAUGCACAGUUAUACAUAGUACAAUGCACAGUGAAAUGCAUUCUUUGUACCUGCAGCCAGUAGUAAAGGAAAACAAAAUACUACUACAGUAAAACAGUAGUGAUUGCACAUAACACACAAGGUAAACAAUAUAAGUGUAAAUAUAAAACUAAGAAAAAAAUAAAACAAAAUAUAGACUGUAAUAUAACAUAUAAAAUAUAGACUGUAAUAUAACAUAUAAAAUGUAGACUGUAAUAUAACAUAUAAAAUGUAGAUUGUAAUAUAACAUAUAAAAUAUAGACUGUAGACUCCAAGUGUAAAACUAGAGGGGGAGGGGGGUAGCUCGUAUAUAUACACACACACAUUUACAGUAUUGAGCAGCUAUGUGAGUAAAGUACAGUGGUGCAGUGUUUUUUUUUUUUUGAUGUUGAUGGAUUGGCCACCACGUUUCCUAUUUUCAGCUUUAUUCUCUUACAAACAUGGCCAUGGAUUUACUAUACCAAAGAGUGUUUCUUUUGCCUAAAACUAACCAAACCAGCCAUAGCUGCUACCACCAACAUAAGAUUAACAUUUACAAUUAUUAAAGAAAUCUCUUCACUGUUUCAUUUGUAAAUACUUGAUUUUAUUAUAUAUCACAUGAAAAUGUUCACUCAUAAGCAACCGCAUGCACAUAUCUCAAAUGUGCAAGAAAUUGCACAUUAUAAGCUGCAAAGGGUUAUUUUUGGAUUAAACUAGAUUUUACAAAUGGUCAUGAGACUGCAUCACACCCCUGGACACAAAUAUCUGAUGAGGCCUGUCAGUUGCUAAUAGUGAAACUGGUCCUCAGGGGGGCAGCACAGUACAGUUAGUGUGAUUGUAUGUCAUAUGGAUGUAUGAUGUAAUUUCAAAUAAACAAAUUACACUCAA